AUGGAUUUUAAGACAUUCCAGCCAUUUAUUUACAACCAAUAUUUGUUCAAGAAAGUCAUAGGCAGAGGCACAUACUCCGUUGUGUUCGAAGUCGAGAGUAUUCAAUACUGCAAAACAUUUGCAGCAAAAGUUACAUCAGUCGAUCCAUCUCAGAUCGUGUCGAGAGAAAAAGUCGUUGAUACAGAAUUGCGAGCUCUUAUUUCAUUGGAUGAUCCAGGUAUUAUUCGAAUUUAUAAUUACUUUUUCAUGGAAAAUUGCUUAGUCAUGAUUCUUGAAAAUUGUCCAUCAGGAACAUUACAGGAACUAGUUCAAACAUUUCCAUUAUCAGAAAAGCGCGUAUUCGACAUCCUUUCCGUAUUAGUUAAAACCGUAAGUUAUUGUCACGCAAAUUACGUUGCUCAUCGCGAUAUUAAGCCAUCAAAUAUAUUCCUCGAUGAUUACGGCCGUCCAAAAAUUGGAGAUUUCGGUCUCUCCUCGAUACUAUCGGCGAAAGCAGUCGUUUCAGACAAAUGCGGAUCUACGAUAUUUGCUGCCCCGGAGAUAUUUUCUAACGCCCCAUAUAAUCCUUUUGCUGCAGAUGUCUUCGCUUUGGGAGUUACGUUUUAUUUUUGCGUAACAGGAAGUUUGCCGUGGUCAUCCGACGUCGUUUCGAAAGAUGAUAUAGAUCAGGUGUCAUUUCCUUCGAGAGUUAAUCCAAAAUUGAUAUAUUUGAUACGUAAUAUGAUUCAAUACGAACCUAACCUUCGUCCUACCAUGGAUGAAGUCGCAAGGGACGAAUACUUCAUGGAAGGAUUCGAGUCGUCAAAAUUAGUGCCAAAAACAGUUCCUCAUUCGGCUUCUAUUACAGGAAGCUUAAAUCAAGCCGGACAGAAAGAUAUACAUCACCAAUUACAAAAAUUCCAAGGUUCCGUUUCAACUGUAAGCGCAAGACCAAGAUUUCAAAUAUUACAUCAGCGCAGACUCGCAAAACGCUGUAACUCUAUGUUUGACAAAGAUCUCCCGAAUAUAUACGGUACAACUACUAAUUUACCUAAUAUAAUCAAAUAA